AUGGCGGAACGAAUGAAGACACCCCUCCAACCAGGCGUCUAUGUGCCCACUAUGACCUUCUUCGACACCGAAACCGAAGACCUUGACAUACCCACCAUCCGGAAGCAUGCGGUACGACUGGCGAAAGCCGGCGUAUCUGGCCUGAUCACGAUGGGUUCGAACGGUGAAGCCGUCCAUCUGUCCAGAGCAGAGCGCGCCCUCGUCACACAUCACACUCGCUCGGCGCUGGACGAGGCAGGAUUCAAGCAUAUCCCUGUCAUAUCCGGUGCUACAGACCAAGGUGUUCGAGGUACGAUUGAAAUAUGCCGGGAAGCUGCAGACGCAGGGGCGGAAUAUAUUCUUUUGAUCUCGCCCAGCUACUACCGAGCCGCUAUGGGUGAUCAGGACACUCUCUUUGAAUACUUCACAAAGGUGGCUGAUGGGUCACCCCUGCCUAUCAUACUAUAUAAUUUCCCCGGAGUGGUUGCUGGAAUCGACAUGGAUUCAGACUUUAUCAUUCGAGUAUCACAGCAUCCAAAUAUCAUCGGAACUAAGUUCACCUGCGGCAGUACAGGGAAACUAUGUCGAGUUGCUGCUGCCAUGAAUGCCAUCACCCCGGCCUCGCCCUUGACCACUUCCCCUGAGCGUGUAGCUUCUGCCCCAUACUUUGCUUUUGGCGGUUAUGCAGACUUUGCUCUUCAGACGCUGGUUUCGGGAGGGUCUGGCAUAGUGGCCGGAGGAGCGAACGUGUUGCCUCGUCUGUGUGUGGAGGUGUUCAAUCUAUGGAGCAAAGGAAAGCUGGCAGAGGCGAUGGAGAUGCAGAAGAUUCUCAGUGAUGGGGACUGGAUUAUGUCUAAGUAUAUGAUACCCGGCACAAAGAGUGCGAUCCACGCCUGCUAUGGCUACGGAGGGUACCCCAGAGCGCCCGUGCCUCGUCUAACAGAAGCCCAGGAGAAAGAAGUGGCAGAAAAGAUUAAGCCGGCCAUGAUUAUUGAGAUGAAGCUCAAGGAUGCCGUAUAG